CUGAACUUUGUCUAUGACCACCAUGACCACCUCACAAUCUACCCUACAACCUACAGUUUGGACACCUAGAUUACCGCCAGAACUCACGGAUCAAAUAAUUGACGCUCUUUCCGAUGACGUUUCCUCUCUCACAGCUUGUACAUUAUCUUCUCGCCAACUCCGCUGCCGCAGCCGUUAUCACCUAUUCUGCGCCAUACGUUUCGAUUUCAUCCUACAUCGAUCGUUCAAUCGCUGCGAAAAUUUCUCGGAGAAGUGCCAAAAUGUGGCGCCACUUGUAAGGAGUCUUACCUUGAGCGAAAAUGCCGUCUGGUUCGUAGGCCCCUCUCGUAAAUGGAUCACCUCCGAACCGCAGCUGCCUAUCGCCUUUAGAAUGAUGAAGAACUUGACGUCCUUGCAUCUUGUCAAGGUGGAACUAGUCGGCAUUAAUAUCAUCUGGCCUGAAGUCGAGGAAUUGGAAAUGAAGCAAUGUUCUGUGACGAAUCUUGGCACCUUUCUUGGCGGGUUCCACAAACUAAACAAGCUAGCGCUAUGCGACGUGGGCAUUGUUGAAGCGACAUCCUUAUCGUCUGAAGUUUCUCUUGACCUUGAAGAAUUAGUGAUUACCCAUGGCGCCAGCCAAUCGGACGCGCGUACUAUCAAGUGCCUCCUCCCGCUCCUCCCCACGCCACCCCGUAUUCGACGGCUUACCUACCCACUUUACUAUCCAGAGUGGGACAUCCCACAAUACGACGUGAUUCCUUAUACGCGCCUGGAUGAGUUAUUUCUGAUGGGAGCCUCCGAGCCAAAGAUACUUGUUCCGAAUAUCCGAAACGUUACUAAGCUUCGGUUGCUUGUGACCCCUCCCGGGCAUUGGGAUCAGGCGGAGGCACACAGAGCCUGUGACGAGCUAACAGAUUGGCUUAUAGACCUGCUAUGCAAAGCCCAACGUGGGUACUUAGAAGAGAUCCAAUUGGAGUACUGCCUGAUGGGCAUAUCUGGGACUCAGGGCAAGUGGGCAGAGCUCGAUGCAGUUCUAUCGAAGAUGGAAUUGAACAAGGUUGAGCUCGUGUUCAGCGCAACCCUGCACGAGUGGCGGAGAGAAGAAGAAGAGAAAUCCAAGUGGCCGUUGUGGGAAGGCAAGCUGGAGGGAUUGGUGAUCAAAUAUGCUGCGUUCUUUGAACAAGUUGAAAGGCGUGGGUUGUUGACAGUCUCCAGAGGGUACCGGAGUUAAGUUCGUAUGUUUGCUACUAUCCAGACACCGCUAUUUCGUUUUGUACGCCAUUCUUUCGUUUUGUACACCACUCUUUCGUUUUGU